AUGGAGCAGUCCUCCGCUCAGAACCCUCUGCAGGGUCUUCCACAUGGUACAAGCCAUGAAUCAAUACCGCCUGAGUAUUGGAAUACCCUGGAUCCGAUCUACGACCCGCAGCUCCAGCUCCAGCAACCGCAAGGGCAAUCCUCACAAGCUCCCAUGGGAAUGAGUUGGGAGCACCAUAUGUUCCAGAACCCUCAACAGUCACAGCCGCAGCAGCAGCGACAGCAAAGCCAUUUGUCCUCGACCGAAUCCAACCAUGCCAUGUACAUCCCUGAGGCUUGGCAGGCCAACCCUCUGCAGGCUCCGGCACGAGGUUAUCCAGUUUCCUCACAAUACCAGUCUCACCCACAAGCCCCAGUCUCUCACUCUCAGCACACACCUCAAUACCAACAGGGCCAGAUGACCUUCGACUCGCGUGCCCUUAAUGCUACGGAGACCUCGACUUUCCCCUCAUUGAACUACCAACAAUACUACCCCCAGGAUUCUUUCACGGGACGUCCGCCCCUCCAACAGUCGCAAUCCACCAUAUCUCAAUUCCCUCUUUCUUCCGGGUAUCCCCCGGCUUCCUAUUCCAUUGAUCUCACCGACGACUUCCCCAGCCUUCAACCCCGCGUGCCGCAGCACAUCGACCCAGGGGCCGUCUUUCCAAAUCCCGAUCCUCAGAACCCCCGCCAACCGUCCCACAUCCAACCCAACAGUCUGUAUGGAGCUUCUGAAUUUCAACACGCCGAGCGAGAGGCAUUCAAUUUUUAUCAGAACGGGCUCUCUUUGCAACAGCCACCGUUUGGUACAACCCCCGUUAAUGCAGGACCAACGUUUGGUUAUGAUAGGUCCACUGGGCUCCCUCAACCCGAAGUGGUUAUCCCUGCGAAGAAGCCGGCCAAGAAGCCUGCGGCCAAAAAGACGGGACCGAAGGCACAAAAGAAAGUACAAAGUCAGGCGGAAAGUGACAGCUCUGACGAUUCGGAGCUUGAGAUCGAAGCUCCUGACGAACCAUCUCCUCUCCCACCCAAUCGCCCAAGUGACCCAGUCGAAGCUGGAAUAUAUGAUUCUAUGAAGGCUGUAUGGUCCCCCCGGAAUAAGUGGCCCUCAGCGGAUAAAGUGAAAGGAGCCUUGGUCGCUUUCAAAGAUGUCAUCAAAGUGCUACGAGACGCCUGGAAGGAUCUAGUACAGGCUAUGAAGUUGGCAGAAAACCAAGGAGAUGAUACCAAGGCAGCCCAGCUGAAGGAAUCAGUGGCUUUGCAACGCCGCAUUAUGGAUAAAAUUGUGGACACUGCCUUGAACGUUGGGCAUCCCACAAUCGUUGAGAAGCUGGGUGAGCAUCCUCUGGCUUUGUCAAUUUUUUACUCGUUUCUGGUAGACCGUUUCCAGGCUGCAGACUUUGAGGGCUCUUUGACGGUCAACAUUCUGAAGCUUCUUGUACGAUUCGUCACUGUCGACGAAGAGCUCCUUCAAAAAACAAACAUUGCCAAACUGCUCCCCAGAUUUGUUAAGAAAGGCGGACCAGCAGUCAAGGAACUUGCACAGCAGAUUCAGGAUAAUGCCGUAGCAUCUACAAAGCGGAAACAGCAGUCUGGUAAAGAAGAUUCUUCGUCCAAAGGGUCUGGUGCAGACUCCCCUUCAGCAGAACUCACGGGGGCUAAGCGUCCCCGUGAAGGUGAAAGUAACUCUCAACCUGCAACGAAGAGGAUGGUUGUUGGCUCCAAUACAGGGAAGCCUUCUACGGCAGCAAAUGGGUUGACUAAACCGGGCGUUCUAAAUGGAAAGCCAGCCAAUGCAGCAGCCCCGCGCCCGAGAGCCAAUAUUAUCGCUCCCAAGCCAUCAAGUCUCUUUGGUGCUUUGAGUUCUGCCUCCAAGAGACCAGGAACUACCAAUGCCGAGAGAGCGGCUGCGCAAGCGGCCGCGAAGCCUGCAGAGAAGAAGGAUAAACCGGUUGCUCCACCCCCCAAGCCUGCAUUCUCUUUUGGUGACAUUAUGGCCGAUCUCAGCAAACCAAAGGAGGUCGUCGUUGCCAAACCCGUUGAAGACAGCCCGCCAGAGACAGAAGAGGAGCGUGAAAAGAGACUGCGAAAGGAGGCGCGACGCAAGUUGCGUGUUACCUGGAAGCCCGACGACUCGCUCACUGAAGUGCGACUCUUUACUCAUGACCCCGAUGAAGAGCUUGGGCCUGGUGAUGGCUCCAUGCGCGGCGUUGGGGAUGUCAAGGGAGAGGGAAGCGUUCUUAAGCUUCACAAAGACAUGGAUGAGCUUGAAGAAGAAGACCUCGGUGGAAUUCGAGAGACCACUCUCAAUGAGUACAGUGGUCUCUCGGAAGUCGUCAUCGAAUCUGAGGAGCAAAAGGGGGCCAACUUCAUCAAGCGUGGAGGUGAACAACAACCUUCCAGCCCGGAGAAAGCAGCCCAAGAGCAUCGCGAGUCAACUACCCUCAUGGUGUUCUACACUUCCCCCGCGGAUGUUCCGUCCUCGCCCAAAGAACCUCCUGCGCCUGAUGCCGAAGAGAUUGUUCCAGACGAGGUUCCGUUCGGAGAAAUCCCAGACCACAUCAAAACUCGACAGGAACGGUACUUCUCUUUCAUGAAUCCGAAACCUGCCGCUCCCGCAGCAGCUCCCGGGCAGCCGAACUCCACCCCUGGUGGCAACUUUGACAUUUCCAACCUGCUCAAGAUGAUCCAGACUGGACAGCAGCCUCAGACCACUCCCCCUCCCCAGCCUCAGCAAACCCCGAUGUCUGACCUGGAACGGACAAUCAGCAUGUUCCGCCAGCAGCAGACUCAGCCUCCUGUCCAACCUCCCCAAAUUCCAGUCACCCAGGCGGCUCCUCAAGCGCCGGCGGCCGGCGGUGUGGACUUCACCCAGAUUCUGAACGUCAUGAAACAAUUCCAGAACCCUGCGGCAGGAUUCGCUCAACCUCAACAAACCCAAGCAAAUAUGGCGCCAAAUUUCGGCGCCAUGUUCUCUCAGUUCGCUGGACAAAACCAGCAGCAACCAGGUGGUCAUCCAGACCUCAACAGUAUCGAAGACCCAGAGCGCAAGCGAAUGUGCGAGACCAGCCAGUACGAAGACUCAUGGAGCCGAGGUAAGCGCACAAAAUCAGGCGACUCCAAGCCCUACAAAGUCGGAUUGGUCCCGUGCAGGUUCUGGGCUGAAGGCAAGUGCAGAAAAGGCGAGAAUUGCACAUUUCGCCACGACACCUAA